CUGCUGACCUCAAUUCGGCUCCAUAUGCUAACUGGCCCAGCAGAUCAUCCAUAUCAAUGAAUCAGACGACGGGACAGAUUUUACCGGCAAUGACAUCUGCUACCUUAAAGAGCGAAGCGGAUAUCUCGCCCAGUGCACUUCUACGGCCUUUCUUGGAUAGCGACUGUGAUAACGAUUGCUACUCGAACAAUUUCUCUUUCAUGGUGAACGACUCUUACGAGUACAAUGAAAACUACAUGCUGAAGGACAACAUAUCCAAAGCCGUCAUUGGACACGAGUUGACCAACGAGUCGAAAAUCGGCCUCAUAUUUCUUUAUUCUACAACAACGAUUUUGGCCAUAACGGGAAAUAUUAUCGUAAUAUUAGUGUUUACAGUUGGCAAAUGGUCACGCACUGACCUCCGUCCAUUUCUGAUCAAUCUCGCUAUUGCUGAUCUGGUCAUGGCUAUCUUUUGUAUGCCGUUCACUUUCACGUAUGUACUUCUAGAAACGUGGAUUUUCUCAAAGCCCGUUUGUCCGAUGGUCUUAUUUGUACAAAUGGUCGCCGUGACAGCCAGUGUCUCGACAAACAUGGCCAUAGGAAUCGACAGGUUUUUAGCUGUGGCUUUUCCGUUAAGAUCACGGUUAACAUCAGCAAGGUCGAAAUGUAUCAUACUUCCUAUCUGGAUUGCAUCUGUUAUGCUUGCUUCUGUUAAUCUCUUUGUGGGUCGAGCCUUUGACUUAAAAGUGCCGGCGAAAGGUGGUGGACUACCAAAUUUAACUAUCACAAAGUGUGAAGAGGUGUGGCCCAAUGCUACACCAAGAAGAGUUUUCACAUUAUUUGUUUUGACAAUUACAUAUUUGUUACCAAUGUUGAUUCUUGGAGUUACCUACAGUAUUAUCGGAGUUAUCCUCUGGCGAAGAACUGCGCCAGGAAAUGCCGAUCGAGUGCGGGAUUCCCAGCAACUUCGAUCGAAAAGAAAGGUUAUUAAGACGUUAGUCAUAGUGGUAACCAUAUUUGUUUUGUGCUGGCUUCCAUUACACGUGUUUUUCUUAGUUCUUGACUUCCAACCAGCACUGGCUAAUAUGUCUAACCAAACAUUGACUAGCAUAUAUUUGGGAGUUCACUGGCUUGCGAUGUCAAACAGCUUCGCCAAUCCGAUUAUAUAUGGAUUCACAAAUGAAAGUUUUCGGGCUGACUUAGUUAACCUGUGCGUGAAAAUAUUUCCAUGUUGCAUUUGCUUGAAGAGGCUAAUGAGACGAAGAAUAAGCAUGUCCACCUACGACACGGGUGUCUUCCGCCGGCAAAGUGCCAUUCACUACAAGGCAAGGACGCGUACAGCCUUCACUAAUACGACACCGAACGGAAAUAUGCGAACGGCGUUUCAACCACACAAGUUCCACGCCAUCGAUAUGAGGAUGGAGCAAAUAGAAUAAAAUUGAGAACACCAACUUAUCAAAGAAAAUUAUCACUGUACGCAUACAUACAUAUAUAUGCACACAUAUAUGUAUUCAUAAAUACACACACACAUACAUAUAAGCACACACAUUUAUACUUAUAUAUACAUAUAUAUGCCUGCAUAUAUGCAUAUACAUACAUGACUGUUUGUGCGCUUUUAUCUGUGUGUGAGUGUGUCAGAGCGAGGGAGUGCAUAUUAUGUUUGUGACGUUUAUGGUUUUGUGAUGUGUGCAUAUAACUGUAGUUGGGAGUUCCGUUAGAACCGGAGCGAACCAGUAUUAAAGAAAGAUAUUCAAUGCGUCGAGUGCAAGGUACGCUCAUUUAUUAUGACGAUAAGAGUGACUCUUACAGAAUUGCAACAGCGAGGUCCCAUGUGUGCGCGUGUGUGUGUGAUGUAUGUGUGUAUGUAUACACAUUUAUUUUUACCCAUUUAUGUAUAUAUCCAUGCGAUUAACGAUUCAUGAAAAGUAUACGCAUAAAAAAACACAACUAUUAGGGCAUGCAACUGAAAUUUGCUCCUUACAGCUCUUUCUAUGUAUGAGUGUUUGAAUGUGUGAAGGUUUAUUAAGCACUGUCUUGGAGACACUCUUGUGAGUUUUAAUGGCUGGUAUCACUGUCCGAGACAAUUUGGGAGUCAUAACAGUCGAUUCUCUCUCUAAUUUCAUGGCGAUAAGUAGAUAGGAAAGAAUACAUUGACAGUCUAUAACAGAGAUAGUAUUUCCAGGAUUUUUUCUUGAUAACUAAUUCAAUUUGAUUACACAGUCAAAAUCCAAUCUCUCAUUUUCACAUAAAUCUUUCCAUUCUUUGCGCAGUACUUCGUCUUGCAGGUCAUUAGGCCAUAUAAAAUGGUAAAUAAAGAUUUUACAUAAAUCUAUAUCUACAUCUCUCGCUCCUUCUCCCACUCACUCUCCAUAUAUAUAUAUGUGUGUGUGUAUGUAUAAGUGUAUAUAUGUAUGUAUAUA